ACAACAUCCAUAAUCCAAACUCCAGCUGAUAAAUUGUCGAAGUUUUGAUUCGGAUUUCGAACAUUCAUAAAAACCCAUUACUGUUUUUGCUUCUUCUUCUUUUGAUCUUCCUUCAGUACAGGGAAGGGAAGGGAAAGGGAAGAAAGGGAAAUGAAAUUUCUUCCUCAAUCCUAUUCCUCCAUUGAUGAAAUUCAAACCUCCAUUACUCUGAUCCCAGGUCUCCCUAACGAUGUUGCUGCUUUACUCCUUUCCUUUCUCCCUUAUUCCCACCAUGAUCGUCUCAAAUCUACCUGUAAGUCAUGGCGUCUCUUCUUCUCUUCUAAAAUCCUUAUUUCCCUUCGAUUCACUCAUCCAAAUUCUCUCUCUCACCUUCUCUGCUUUUUCCCUCAAGACCCUUUAAUCGCUUCCCCUUUUCUUUUCGAUCCAUUUUCCCUUUCCUGGUGUCAUCUUCCUCCUAUGCCUUGUAACCCCCAUGUUUACGGUCUCUGCAAUUUCACUCCUAUUUCCCUUGGCCCUCACUUGUAUGUCAUCGGCGGCUCACUCUUUGACACUCGCUCUUUCCCAAUCGGUCGUCCUUCCUCUUCCUCCUCUGCUUUCCGAUUCGAUUUCCAUUCAUCCUUUUGGGAACCCAUCUCGUCGAUGCUCUCUCCGCGGGGGAGCUUUGCAUGUGCUGCCAUUCAUGAUUCCAGUCAGAUUUUGGUGGCUGGAGGUGGGUCUAGGCAUAGGUUGUUUGCAGCGGCUGGGAGUCGAAUGAGCUCCGUCGAAAGGUAUGAUGUGGAGAGAGAUGAGUGGGUUGCACUUGAUGGGUUGCCGACCUUGAGAGCUGGGUGUGUUGGAUUUUUUGUGGGGAAUGGAGAGAAGAGAGAGUUCUGGGUGAUGGGUGGUUAUGGUGAAUCGAGGACUAUUUCAGGAAUGUUUCCUGUAGAUGAAUAUUACAGAGAUGCGGUGGUGAUGGAGCUGAGAAAUGGGAGGUGGAGGCAAAUUGGGGAUAUGUGGGAAGAAGGGGAAAGGAGGAGACUAGGUAAAAUUGUAGUGAUUGAGAAUCAUCGUAACCGUGGAAAACCUGGAAUUUUCAUGCUUGAUGGUGAUGAAUUCUUAAGAUAUGAAAUGGCAUCAAAUAGAUGGGUUGAAGAAUCAAGAGUACCAAGGAAAACUUCUUCCAACUCAUCAUAUGGCUUGGUUGCAUUAAAUGGAGAAUUAUAUGUUAUAUCAUUUCUAAAGACAGAGUCAGCCGAAGCUCGUAGGCUACGUCAUCCUACGAAAGGAGGAUCAAUGUACAUGCAAAUCUACAAUCCCAAGAAGAAGACGUGGAGAUCUCUUGCUACCUGGUCGCCUUUUAAUCACUCUCUGGAUUUGGAUACUGCAGUUAUUUGUACAGUUCGUCUGUGAAUAAUGUCAAUACAUAUGCAAUCAACUACUCAUUAUUAUGCUUACAGAUUUAGGCAUAUGGUGAUUGUUCCCUACUAGCUAAGUGUGGCACAUACUUAUUUCCAUUGCUUAAUGUACAUGUUUAGAAUGGAUUUACCGGCAACUUUUUUUCUGCUUACUGAAAAUAAGUUUAUAUGAAUUCAAGAACAUAAAUGUUGUACAUUUGUAUAUGUUGUUCAUGGAAGGAAAUGAAAUAGAUGAUGUUUUGUGUA